CGUGUUGUCACCAACAGCACCUCUGUCAAUCGGGCAACUCCGUCGACAGCCGAAACUUCAUUCAGUACUCCUUCUAAUGAGUAUUUCUCACUACCUUCCAUCACUGGCCUGGCUUCAAAACAUGCUACUACUGCUACUGAAUAUUCCGCUAAGGGUUGUGCUCCGUAGCCAGAUUGCUGUAGCUGUGGCAUUUUGUAAUAAUGUCGCUAAGAACAUU